AUGAAGUAUUUCAAUGAAGUAUUCCGAGGGUUCAUGAUCAGCCACGGGCUCGGUGAGGGCAACUACUACAUCAUCAGAGAUGGUUACCCAAAGGCGCAGUGCGAAGGAAUGAAUAGCGAAGAGCUCAUUGGCGGCAUUUGCUAUACCUUGGAGCAUCAGAACGGCGGCUUUGACGGUGUUUCCUCCCGGAAUAAGUGCGUUCAGUAUUCAACCCCGAUUGAUGAUGACAAGCUGAAAUUCUUGAAAGGUGCGCAUGAUACGCCUCUCAUAAGUUUCACAACCAUGUACGAAACCUCACUCAACUGCCAGAAACACUACAGCGACUACUAUGGCAUUGCUACGAUCGAUUUCGACACGCCCCUUGAUCCAUUCAAGAAACCUCCUCGCUGUUUCUCGAACCUCUCCGUUUUCACUGUCAAGCAGCAGGACAAAGACUACCGUGGAGUUGAUGCGGCGCAGUCAAGUCCUUGCUAUUGCGAUAUGAAGAAGUCUCACGGCGACAAAAGUAUGGCAGGAGAGAAUUGGCUUCCUGAUAAUCUUGAUAAGAUCUUCACAUACCAUACGUACUGCACUGAGCUGCGCCAGGAUAGCAGGAUUGCGAGUAACGCGACGGAGAGCGAGGCGGAGGCCGGACUAGAUUUAGAGGAACAAAGUCCUGAGUAUUGA